CACCGUUUAGCAAUGCUUUCAAUCAAACAAAUCUGGCCAACACAUGGUUUGUCUACCAAACAUCACAGGCCCAUAUUACGGGCCUAGUUGACACAGAGGCUGUGUGAGCCAUGCUAAGACUUAACACAUUAGGCCUUAGGCGAGGUGAGUUCAGAUAAGGAUUCUCCAUGGAUCUGCUCGUGCCUUGUAGGGGUUUGUCAUGGGCUUUGGUUCGUCCAAAGUCCCAAAUAAUUGUUGUUGCCGCCGCGUUGACACCGCCCACUAUGACCAACCUGAUACUGCCUUGUAUCCCUGUCUCCAUAAUUCUUGUGUCCCUUAUAGCUAACGUACCGGAACGAUGCCUUGAGAAAAUCUUCGUCCUAGACAUCUGUUGUUUCUUUCGUUUGCAUCAUGGUCGCGGCGUCAUACAUUGGAGGACUAUUGUCUCGAACGGCAUGGUUAAUUUCUAUUGAGGAGACCUCUCGGGCCGCCCACAAGUCUUACAAAUCAAACACAAUCGAUGCUUUACAAGUCCUACAAGGAUGGUACGACAAUACGACUGGACUGUGGGAUACCACUGGGUGGUGGAAUAGCGCCAAUUGUUUGACAGUCUUGGCCGACUUUGCCAGCCUAGACGAGGACAUCUUGUUAGAAAACGGUCUAAAUGUAGCAGACAUCAUUCAAAACACCUACGAACAAGCUCAGUUGACCACCAUUCAAGCGGAGAAAACUAUCAAUGCCGCUGGUAUGACCGUGUCGAGCUAUACCAGGAUUUCGAAAAGAGACAACAUUGAGGCCAGAGGGUUCGAUAAUUUCUUGAACGACUACUACGACGAUGAAGGCUGGUGGGCUUUAGCCAUGAUUCACAGUAAUGAUAUUGGAGUGCACGGACUUGGCGAUCAGCAGUAUUUGAAGGCUGCAGUUGAUAUUUUCGAAGAUAUGAAGAAGGGUAAUUCGACAUGCGGAGGCAUUUACUGGAGUAAGGUGACUGCGUAUACGAACGCCAUCGCCAACGAGCUUUACCUGAGCGUGGCAGCAUCAUUGGCCAAUAGGAUGCCCAAUAAGCAGUACUAUCUUGAUAUCGCCAAUGAGCAAUGGAAUUGGUUCAAGAGUAGUGGGUUGAUCAACUCUGACAACCUAAUUAAUGAUGGCUUGGAUGAUAAUUGCCUUAACAAUGGGCAAAAAACCUGGACAUGUAAGAUGAAUAUGUUCGUUUCAACUGCUAUUCCUGCUAAACAACCGGAAUUAGAUAACCAAGGUGUGAUACUUGGCGGUUUGACCGAGCUUUACAAAGCCACCAGGAACGUAACUCUUUUGUUAGAGGCGCAAACAAUAGCUACGACAGCAAUCAACACGCUGGCUGUUAACGGGACCUUGUACGAGGGCUGCGAACCAGACUGCGGAUCUGACGGAGCUCAGUUCAAAGGAAUAUUCAUGCGUAACCUGAAAUAUCUUCAGGAAGUCGCCCCGAAGGCUUCUUACAAAGCUUUCAUCAUGCAAAAUGCUGAAUCAAUCUGGGAUAACGACCGAGAUAAUCAGACACAGCUCGGUGUGACUUGGACGGGUCCGUACACAACCGCAUCGGCUGGGACGCAGAGUUCAGCACUGGACGCUUUGUUGGCUGCCUUGACUAUUACAUGAAUGAUUGAGACGAUGAAAUAUCAAGGAUAAAAUAGAAGGUAGACGGGUGUUUAUUAUAGUCUGUUUUGAAGGCAUAGAUUCGGU